CUCGCGCGGGCGCCUUUCGAACCGAGGCAUCGGGUUCGUCCCGAGAGGCGCUAUAAAAGGCGCGAGGAAGGAGCGGGGGGCCGCACAGAGAGUCGCCGGAGGGCAGAGACAGAACAUGACGGUGUGUUGCGGGUCCCGCGAGAGCCCGACCGGCGCCUAUCCCGGGUCCUGCUCCGAGUCCUGGUCCGGUUCGUCCAGCCGCAGCCCUGCGAGCGUCGCGCGGAGAUCCGUCAGGAGGUUCAGGUCCACGAAGGGAGCGUCCAAGGCCCGGCGGGACCACAUCAACGCCGAGAUCCGGAACAUGCGGGGCCUGCUGCCCAUCCCGGCCGAGGACCGCGAGCGCCUCUCCUACCUGCACUCCAUGUCGGCCAUCUGCACCUUCGUCAGGAAGUCUCUGUUCUUCAGCGAGCUGCGCGGCCGCGGGGGGUCCGGCCCGGCGCCGCCCUACGAGCUCUUCCUGCAGGCGCUGCCGGGCUUCAUGGUGGUCGCGAGCCGAGAGGGCCGGCUGCUCUACGUGUCCGAGAACGUGUCCGACUUCCUGGGCUUCUCCAUGGUGGGUGGCGCCGGCGUCUCGCCUGCUUCUUUCCGCACCGUCCUCCGCGUUUCCCGUUUCGGGAAAAGAAGCAUUCGUUUUCCGCGCGUCAUUUCCCGUCCCCAGGUGGACGUGCUGCAGGGGGACACCUUCUACGACAUGGUGGACGGCGCCGACGUCGAGCUGGUCAAGUCCAACCUGGAGAUGGACGGCGCGCCGUCCACAGAGAGGUCCUUCGUGUGCCGCAUGCACACCUCCAAAGCGUUUCGCCUGCGUCACGGGCCCACCUGCUCCGUGCUCGUCAGGGGACGCUUCCGCAGCCCCCCCGGGAGCUCCUCGCCCCGCCCCGCCCCGGAGCGGGCGUUCGUGGCGCUCUGCACGCCGACGGCGGACCGCCGGCACGACGGCGCUCGGCGCGGCUCCGCGGAGCCUUUCGGGACCCUCCACCGGGCCGACAUGUCCUUCGGCCGCGCGCCUCACAGCGUGCUUUUCCUCCUGGGGUAUUCGCCGCAGGAGAUGACGGGCCGAUCGUGGUACAGCAUGGUGCACCCGGAGGACCUCCAUCACGGUGCGUCCAGGCACAGGAGUCUGCUGGACGCCGGUGAGGGCGCCCUGGUCGAGAUGGUCCUGAGGCUCCAGCGCAAGGACCUCACCUGGGUUUGGCUGUACGUUAGGGCCACAAAGGAUUCUGGGAAACAGGAAGUGAGCUGCAUGAACUACGUCAUUGGGGAAACGGAAGCCAUGUUCCUCAGGCGGAGGGUCCACGCUGAUGACAGAGGCGCGUCCACCGCGCUCCUCUCCCAAGUGCCCCGGCUCGGGGUUCACGGAGACGCCGCUUCGGGGCCCCUGAAAAGACAGGGUGGCGCCGGCGGCGUGAGCGAGGAGCCCCGGGCCGAGCGCACGUGCGACUCGGGGUCCGGCUCCACUUACACGGCGUACGCCGACCGGGCCUGCGGCGCCGGACAGCGGGUGGCGCCGAUGAGCAGCGCCGUGCUCCCCGCCACUCCCCCCUACAGCCCGGCGUCCUCGCGCUGCCCCCUCACGCCGGAGGACGGCGGCUCCCGCUUCCUGCUGGACGCCCGCAGCUACGCGGAAACCCUCCUCUCCCCGGCGGAGAGCUCCGAUCCCUUCCUCCUCAGCCACGGCACCCUUCCGGAUCCCGGGUUUGGCUUCCCCGACUUUACUGCUCCGCCCUUUCAGUCGCCCGGGUCGCGCCCAUCCCCCUCCUACGAGCUCUCCGCCUACCCGGCAGCCUCUCGCCUCGUCCCGGGGUGCCUGCAGGUGCCGGACGCGGGCGACUACUCGUCGGACGAGGCCUUCCACCCCGAUGACUUCUGCCUCCCCGACCUGCCGCAAGGGGGCGACGGCCCGUUCCUGCUCCUUGAGGAGGCCCCCGGGGUCACCCUGCAGGCCCCUGGACCGCCCACCCCAGACCCCUCCCCCACCGGCGAGGGCCACUUCCAGUACAGCGAGAGGGAGCGGACGGAGAUCAGCAUCCUGGCCAGGCAGAUCUCCUCGCUGGCCAGCAGCUUUGACAUGUUGCGCAGCGCAGAGCUCCCCCUGGGCCCAGCUGCCGGACACGCCAAGGCGACCCCUGGCGGCGACCUGGUGCCCCCCUGCGUCUGGCCUCAACCGGCCUCGCACCCGUUCCGACCGGAGCUGGUCCCGGAUGAGGGCCUCGUCGACGGCGUCCUGCGGGACGCGGGCUCGGCACCCGGGAGGGACGCGCCGGACGGCCUGAGCCCGAACCCCAGCGCGCUGGACGACGCCCCCCGGGUCCUGGACGCCGCUGAGGGCCACUCGGUGUCCUUUCUGUUCGCUCUCCUCGAAGACGUCUCCCUGGAGCAGCUGCUCGGCGCCCAGCCCGCACCGGACUCCGCUCCGAGGACGGGGCGUCCACGGGACAGCAGUGAGUUGCAUCAACUCGGCCACUACCUGCACGGUAGCCUCCGGCAAGAUGAGCUUGUUGAAGAACCCGCGUGCUGAAAUAAGUCUGUGACUUAGCGUGCGACGCUGCGUAUGACAUAUUGUCACGUCACUCGCCGACUUCUCCACCGGAGCCGGAAGAGGACCCGACUGAGGACAGCGCCCGUCCGCCGGGAGAGACGGAAAGCGGCAGCGAGAGAUGAGACCGAGAGCGGCCUCGCACCCGGUGGACGGCGCCCCCCCUCCCCCCUGACCUUGGGCACGGCUGGACGCGUAGUUGCAUUUUGUACAACGAUAUUUUCAUAUGUUCGGUGUCGCCGUCCGUGGCGUCGCGUGCGCUGACGUCAUGCCUCUGCACACGCGUUGGGCCACGAGAGACCGAAAACACGUUAUUAAUUACGCCUCUGGGUGACGAUUAGGCGCCAGGACGGAGCUCUUGGGUUAUCGUGCCGCUGCGUGUAAAUAUGGAGAAACACGGACGAAGAGAAAAAACUGGUUCAUUUCAAUAAUCUCUACCUUAACUACUGAUCUGAGCUACAAGUGAAUAAUCUCGACCAAUAAUAAUAAAAAUAUAAGCUACAAACUUACUACCUCGUCGGUACGUUCAGUCUCUGAUGUGAACUUCUCUUGUCUAACGUGCUACGUUUUUGUUCUAAUUUUCAAAUCCGUUGUUUAUUUAUUUCUACUGAAUGACUUUUUUAAAAAAAAUAAAAACAAUGCAUCUCAUUUUCUUUUUCCGAAAGGCUUUCAUUUGGAAUUCGGUUUGUAUGGCGGUGCGAGGAUCCUUCCGUGAUCCUUCCCGCUCUGAUGGAUGUUCUCACAAAGUUGCAUUUAGUAUUUGUGGUCAAGGGUAAUUUUAAUCUUAAUAGUUUUGCAUUUUUUUAUUUUAUAUUUU